GUGGAGGAGCCACCAUGCCCCGCGGCACCCGAGGAGGAGGAGGAGGUGGUUCGGGUGCUGACGCUGCCCCUGCAGGCUCACCAUGCCAUGGAAAAGAUGGAGGAAUUUGUGUACAAGGUGUGGGAGGGGCGCUGGCGGGUGAUCCCCUACGACGUGCUGCCCGACUGGCUGAAGGACAAUGAUUACCUCCUGCACGGGCACAGGCCUCCCAUGCCCUCCUUCCGUGCCUGCUUCCGCAGCAUCUUCCGCAUCCACACCGAGACUGGCAACAUCUGGACACAUCUGCUGGGUUUUGUCCUGUUCCUCUGCCUGGGGAUCCUGACCAUGCUGCGCCCCAACAUGUACUUCAUGGCUCCUCUCCAGGAGAAGGUGGUGUUUGGGAUGUUCUUCCUGGGAGCAGUGCUGUGCCUCAGCUUCUCUUGGCUUUUCCACACUGUCUACUGUCACUCGGAGAAGGUCUCGAGGACGUUUUCCAAGUUGGAUUAUUCAGGAAUUGCACUGCUGAUCAUGGGGAGCUUUGUCCCUUGGCUCUACUACUCCUUCUACUGCUCCCCACAGCCAAGACUCAUCUACCUCUCCAUCGUCUGUGUCUUGGGCAUCUCUGCCAUCAUCGUGGCGCAGUGGGACCGAUUUGCCACCCCUAAGCACAGGCAGACCAGGGCAGGAGUGUUCCUGGGGCUGGGGCUGAGUGGUGUGGUGCCCACCAUGCACUUCACCAUCGCUGAGGGCUUCGUGAAGGCCACGACGGUGGGGCAGAUGGGCUGGUUCUUCCUGAUGGCCGUGAUGUACAUCACCGGCGCGGGGCUGUACGCCGCGCGCAUCCCCGAGCGCUUCUUCCCGGGCAAGUUCGACAUCUGGUUCCAGUCCCAUCAGAUCUUCCACGUGCUGGUGGUGGCCGCGGCCUUCGUCCACUUCUACGGAGUGUCCAACCUGCAGGAGUUCCGCUACGGCCUGGAGGGAGGCUGCACCGAUGACUCCCUCCUCUGACACCUCCUGCUUUUAGUCCAAGCUUCCUAAGUGCUUUUUAAACUCUUUGUCUUUGCUAAAAUCCAAGGAAGACUCGAGACUCUUUGGGGGUUGGUGGUUUGGUGUUUCGUUGGGGUUGUUUUUUUUUAUUUUAUUUUAAAAAAACAAGAAACGGAGAAAUCCUU